AUUUGACACUCCUUUUAAUCCAUUGCGUGUGAAUGUAAUUAAAAUAAUAUAAGAUCGGAAAAUUCGAUUACGAGCUAAUAUUGUUUGUUAUAUGAAAUCAACGAUUUGUAAUCAACGCAUUAGUGCUAGAGAUAACCAUAUCUAUAUUUACAACAAUAAAUCGCCGGAAUGGAAGGGACUGGCGCAGAGUUUCGUGUUCUAUUCAAUCUGAGAAAGUCGACGUAAUCAAGUUUUGUACUGUUCUUGUGAUUUGAAAGGGUGAAAAUGGCGAGAAAGAAAUUGCGAUUCAAUGUGUUUCAGAAAUGAUAGACUUAAAACCACCGAUGCUGCCGAUAUGGGCAUUUAUUCGCAAACGGGACAUUCCGGUGGUGUCAGCGAAUAGAGAAAAUUAGAAAUAGAGUGUAUUUUCGCAAGAACGUGCGAUCUAGUGCGAAAGAUAAUUUUUUUUCUGUAUACGGAGGGGGUGAAGUUGCAGAGCUGCUUGUGUAAUCAAACGGGAGUUAUAUUUAUAUUUGACGGUAGUGCUGAAAAAGAUGAAAGUUCCAACCAUAGGAAAGUUGUUCACCAAAUGUAUUCUUAUCUUGUUUGGAUUGCUCUUUUGUGAUUGUACAAAUUUUACCGAUAGCUUCACUGGUAAUAGUGAAGGCAACGGUGGUAUCAGAAAUCAAAAUGAUAACGUAAGCAAUGUAGGUAAUGUGACAUUAGCACUUGCUAGUCACAAUAAUGCCAUUGUCGAUCCCCGGAUAGGAAGCAGUUGCUGUGAUAGUAUCAAAAAUAACGUCUAUAGUAGUACUAGUAAUAAUAGCGGAGUUAGUAAUAGUAGUGCCAGUAGUGAUAAUUCAACGAAGUGGUCUCCUCGGAGGCUGGUGGUGGAGUUUUCCACCAAUGUUGUCCAAAAUGAGUACAUCGUCCAGUUCGAUGGAUACUAUCGACGAGCUGCCCGAGAGAAAUACAUUAAAAUUGCACUCAAUGGAUCGAAGGUUAAAAAUUGGCGGAUAUUACCUCGUUCGAAUCCAGCCAGUGAUUACCCGAGCGAUUUUGAUGUGUUGACCUUGGAAGAAGAUGCUCAAAUAUCAAUGGAUGGAAUCAAUUUGCUGAAGUCGCAUCCUUCGAUUAAAUCGAUAUCACCUCAGCGUAUGGUUCAUCGGACCCUGAAAUAUGUUCCUGUAGAUAUUUCUGUUUCUGAUGUAGAGGAAGAAGAGCUUGAAAAAGAUAAUGAUUUGGAUAAUGAUCUUCCACUUGAGGAGGAGGAAGAGGAGGAUGAAGAAAUUACAGAAUUCAUCGAAAAAUUUCGAAAUUUCAAAAGAAAGCUAUCUACAGAUGCAAAUGAGUUGAAUGACAGCCGAUCGGAUGUCCAACAGAUGGCUUCUCCUGUCGGUGCCGUUAACCGGCACACGAAUCGAAGGCUUUUGAGAGCAAUUCCAAGGCAGAUCACUUCUCUGUUAAAAGCUGAUGUACUUUGGGGAAUGGGAGUCACGGGGAAAGGCGUUAAGGUAGCCGUUUUUGACACCGGUUUAUCAAAGAAUCAUCCUCAUUUUAAAUCGGUUAAAGAACGGACGAAUUGGACCAAUGAAAAGACUCUGGAUGAUGGGGUCAGUCACGGGACAUUUGUGGCGGGUAUUAUUGCGUCGUCGAAGGAAUGUUUAGGAUUUGCACCAGACGCAGAACUGCAUGUCUAUCGCGUAUUUACGAAUAAUCAAGUUUCGUACACUUCAUGGUUUCUGGAUGCUUUUAACUAUGCAAUUCUGAAGAAAAUUAACGUGUUGAAUUUGAGCAUCGGCGGACCGGAUUUUUUGGAUCAACCUUUUGUGGAUAAAGUUCUCGAAUUAUCGGCCAACAAAGUUAUCAUGGUUUCUGCUAUCGGCAAUGAUGGCCCACUUUACGGAACACUGAACAAUCCAGGCGAUCAGAUGGACGUGAUUGGCGUGGGAGGAAUGGAUUACAGCGAUAAUAUUGCGAAAUUCAGUUCGAGAGGCAUGACAACUUGGGAGCUUCCUAAUGGUUAUGGGCGGCUAAAACCGGAUAUCGUAACCUAUGGAAGUCAAGUGAAAGGCAGCAAUCUGAACGGAGGUUGCAAAUCACUAUCAGGGACCUCGGUCGCUUCUCCAGUAGUUGCUGGAGCAGUUACGUUACUGGCAAGUGGUGUUUUCAAUAGAUUGGAUCAAAUUAAUCCUGCAUCAAUGAAGCAAGCUUUGAUAGAAGGAGCAAAACGACUUCAAGAGAACAACAUGUUCGAACAGGGCCAUGGAAAAUUGAAUAUAUUGAAGAGUAUGAAAAUUUUGUCAACGUACAAACCCAAAGUAUCGCUUUCUCCGGCAUAUCUGGAUUUUACUGAGGAUUACAUGUGGCCUUAUACAACUCAAAGUCUGUUCCAUACGAGCUCUCCCGUGAUAGCUAAUGUUACCAUCCUCAAUGGAAUGGGAGUGAUUGGUAGAUUGAUUAACAAACCGACUUGGCAUCCGUACAGUAACCAGAACGGGCAGAUGUUGAACAUAUCUAUAACAUACUCAGAACAGCUGUGGCCAUGGUCCGGUUGGAUGGCAAUUCACAUCGGUGUUAAUGAGUUAGGUCGAAGCUUCGAAGGAUUAGCGCAAGGUCACAUCACACUAACCGUUCAAAGUCCGGCAGGUCCUGGAGAGAACGAAGCACGCAAUGGGACGGUAAGUUUCCCGAUCAAGGUGAAAAUCAUUCCGCAACCGCCACGGCAUAAACGAAUCUUAUGGGAUCAGUAUCACAGUUUACGUUACCCACCUGGUUACCUUCCCAGAGAUAAUCUGAAAAUUAAAUCAGAUCCUUUGGACUGGCGAGCGGACCACAUCCAUACAAAUUUCAAGGAUAUGUACACGCAUUUAAGAAACGCUGGAUACUACGUAGAAGUUCUCGGAGGUCCGUUCACAUGCUUUAACUCGAGCAAUUACGGUACGUUGCUAAUCGUCGAUCCUGAAGAGGAGUAUUUCCAUGAGGAAAUUAUCAAGCUGAAGAACGAUAUUCUUGAGCGCGAUUUGAGUGUGAUUGUGUUUGCCGAUUGGUACAACACCACCGUUAUGAGGAAAAUCAAAUUCUAUGAUGAAAAUACCCGACAGUGGUGGAUCCCGGAUACUGGAGGUGCAAAUCUUCCCGCUCUGAAUGAAUUACUUCGUGAUUUCGAUAUUGUCUUGGGUGACAAAGUGGCCGAAGGAUAUUUCGAUAUGCGCGAUCAUCGAAUGUAUUAUGCUUCCGGAUGUAACAUUUUAAAGUUUCCUACCGGUAACACGACGAUUCUGAUAGAACGCGAUUUGUUUGAUCAAGGUUUGGAUAUUCUACUGCCGGACGAAAAACGGCAAAAAAUUCGGGCAAAAACUGCAAUACUAGGAUUGUUACAAACUGAUCACACUUAUUCAAAAGUUCAGCCUGCGACACCGAAUCCGGAUCCGAUUAUUGGGUUCAACGUAGAACUCGAUGCUGACCGUAGCGAGGAAGGAAAAAUCGACAAGGAUUCAAUAAUCAACAAAAGAAUUUUGCUCAGCCAAAAAUCAUUCCCCGAUGACGAUGUUCCGAAUGAAGGUGGAGAACAAAGACCGGAGUUCGAAAGUAAUGUGAUUGGUAAUCCCGAUUUCGACGCCUUGAAAAACAUGGAAGACGAAGACCCAGACGAUAUUCAGAAGAUUCAACAUCCGGAAGAGAUAAGCCAACUAUUGUUAGAAAAAAAGCAAAACUUCACCGGCGAGAAAAUUUUGAUGGUUGAAGUACCUCAGACGUUCCUGAAACUACAAGCGGAUCAUCCGAAAUCUACCAAGUACAAUGACAGUGGUAAAGAAGAGGAAAAGAAAGGCCGAAAAAUGGGAGGUCGAAUAGCUAUCUACGGUGAUUCUAAUUGUCUCGAUUCGACACAUUUGGAUAAACCGUGUUUUUGGUUAUUGGAUUCGCUGUUGGAAUACACCAUGACUUCGCAUGUGACAAAUCUGCUGCGGGAUUUGAACAGCAGUCGACAAAGCGACAUUCUUAGCGAUGCCAAGCCACCGAUGCGGUUGGUCAACAAUAAUUUACACCACUACUCGAAGGUGCUCGGUCCAGGCAAUGAGAAACGGCCACUUCCUCGGUGUCAAGAGCUCAAAUGGGACCAGCCGAUAUCGUUGAACAUGACGUCUCUGAAUGCGUACGGACCAAACGAACGACUUUUGCUGUUACAGCAGCAAGAGUUGUUACUUCAGCAGCAAGCCGCACAACAAGCGGGAAUGUUUGGCAACGAAAUCGACAGCAACGUUAAUCUAUUCCGCAAACUAGAAAGUCAAAAAGCAACCGUAAUAAGCGCAAAUGACGAACCUGAUGUCCCUGGAUGGCGGAAUAAAAAAACCGACAAGAUCCCCCCAAACGCUCCGAAUAGCUUUAUGAAUCCGUCAGCAGCUCGUCCCACGGCUGGUAUGAUACCCAUGAAAGUACCGGUGAUUGAUCCACGAUUAGCUGGUACGGCAGCGACCGAUCAACAACAGUUUCAUCACCAACAGCAGCAACAACAGCUGAAUUCACAGCAUCAACCUCCGGAGUCUAGGCAGAUGGACAGAGAUCAGUCUGUUGGCUACGAAGGGAUGGACUUUGCCCUGAGUAGAGACCGGUUAAGCAGUUCGAACUUUCAGCUCACCUUCAACUGGUUCCUAACGAUGUUGUCUGUGGUACUGCUGCUUCUCUUACUCAAUUGGAUACGACGAUCGAAACGCUUAACUAUCAAGCGACGAUUCAAUUAUAUUCUCAAAAAGAUCGGUUUUUGAGAACGGUAAACCAAAAAUAUUUGUUGACAGUUAAUUUUUAAUAGAUUCCUUACAUGCUUGUGGUUCAGUUGGUUCAGGUUUAACGAUUUUGAACAUAAAACUCAGUUUAAAUAUGCCGGAUUUGGUCCAAAGAUUUUGAUCAUUGGUUCAUUUAGUUUGGCGUUUUAUUGCUUACAGAAUAUAUCCUAAUCGGGAUAGCUGUGAAAUGGAAUAAAUAGGAAUUUUUACAUACAUUAUGUAGAAUUACCUCAGCGGAUGAAGAUAAACUGUAUUAAUAAAUUCAAACAAACGUUUAUUUUUAUAACGAA